AGAAGUUCCUACUAUCAUGUGCCCUGCUCAUUCUGCUAAAAGGAAAGGUUGUCUGAGGUGAGCCUGUCACUUCUGAGACCAACCUGCAGCAAAGAGGAUCUUUUCUGGUCUGGUGAUCAGAUGGGCUGGGCACAGAUUGAAACUGCCACUACUACUUAAAAACUGGAAGGAAAUUCUACUUCAUUUCUUUUUUUUACCUCGUAAAAAACACAAUGGCCCGGCCACGGCUCCAGAGUUCACAUUUGUAUAAAGUGUCUGAGCUGAGGGUGGUUCUGCUGGGGAACAGCUGGCGUGAAAGGAGUGCAGUGGGAAACUUUAUACUCAGAGAGACUGUGUUCAACACUGAGGAAGAACCAGACGGCUGUUUGAAGGUCAGAGGACAAAUAAAGGAGAAAGACAUAGUUCUCAUCAACACUCCAGAUCUGCUGAGUCCCCACAUCUCUGAAGACAGAGUGACAAAACAUGUAACAGACUGUGUGAGACUCUCUGAUCCUGGACCUCAUGUGUUCCUGCUGGUUCUACAGCCUAAAGACUUUGAGGUGGUACUCAAAAACAGACUCUGCAAUGUCCUUAAACGCUUCAGUGAUCGAUCAUUUGAUCAUUCAUUGAUACUGAUAUCACCACCCAGAGAGCAGGGCUCCAAACAUACUCAGUAUUCUCCCCUCAAAGACAUGAUCACAGAGUGUGGAAACAGAUAUGUGGAGCGGAUGAACCUUGAACUUCCAGAGCUGUUGAUACGUCUGGGUCAAAUUGUGAAGGGGCACGAUGGAGAGCAUGUCAACUGUGUUGUGUUCAUGGAUCCCCCUGCUAAAAGAGAAAUCACACAUCAAAGGGAAACAAGACCUGGCAGCAUUGGUGGAGUUGCUACUGGGCCGCCUGCUAAUGUUGACAUCAUGCCCUCUGAGGAAAUCAGAAUUUUGCUUCUGGGGAAAAAUGAUGACAGAAUGUCAAAGUUGGGGGAUUUCAUCACUGCAAAAGAGCAACACUGGCCAAACUAUAUUAAAAACCCUUUUGCAGCCAAACAAAAGGUGGAGACUGGAGAGUGGAGAGGAAAGCCUCUAAAAGUAGUAAAAACUCCAGAUGUUUUCAGUCUGCCUGUGGAGAAGCUCAGAGGAGAGAUGGGGAAGGCUGUGAGUCUUUGUCCUCCAGGACCAAAUGUUCUGCUGCUGUUAGUGAAACCUUCUGAUUUCACUGAAGAGAAGAGACAAAGACUGAAGUUCAUCCUCAGGCUGUUUGAUCAAGAUGCCUUUAAACACUCAGUGAUCAUCAGCACACAUGAGGUCGGUCAAUCAGACUCUUUUAGACGUCUACUUAAAGACUGUGGAGACAGACGCUACAGCCUUGCUGAAAACGACAUCCACUCACUUAAUGUCUUCAUGACACAUAUUGAGAGCCUUGUGUGUGAGAACAAAGGAAACUUCCUCACCCUCAGUGAAGAGUCUUUUGCAUCAAAGUCUGAACACAUGAAACCAGUUUUAAACCUGGUCCUGUGUGGGAGGAGAGGAGCUCGGAAGACUUCAGCAGCAAAGGCCAUUUUAGGUCAGACAGGUCUUCAUUCAGCCUCCAGCUCAUCAGGGUGUGUUAAACUUCAGGGAGAGGUGUGUGGACGUCGGGUUUCCCUGGUGGAGCUCCCUGCUCUGUGUGGAAAACCUCCGGAGACAGUGAUGAAGGAAUCAUUCAGGUGUGUCUCCCUCUGUGAUCCUGAAGGGGUCCAUGCCUUCAUCGUGGUCCUACCUGUGGGUCCUCUCACUGAUGAAGACAAGAGAGAGUUUAAGAUGAUCCAGGACACUUUCAGCUCUCGAGUCAAUGACUUCACCAUGAUUCUGUUCACUGCAGAGUCAGAUCCUACAGCUCCAGCUGUUGUUAACUUUCUACAGAAAACUAAGGGAAUCCAGGGGCUCAUUCAAAGCUGUGGAGGAAGAUCUUUUGUAUGCAACAUCAAGGACAAGCAGCAGAUCCCAGAGCUGUUGGACACGGUGGACAACAUGCAAAAAGAUAAAGACAAAUCAAGUAGCUACACAACAGAAACGUAUGCACAUUUCCUGAUGGAAAAGAUCAGCAUACUACAAGCUAAGCUUGAAGAGCCGGUUACUCGUGAUGAUGUGAAGCAGAGCUCAGAGGGUCUCAGGAUUGUGCUGAUCGGGAAGACCGGCUCUGGGAAGAGUUCUUCAGGAAACACCAUUCUAGGAAGAAAGGUGUUUAAAGCCAAACCAAGUCAAAUAUCAGUCACCAAAGACUGUCAGAAAGCACACGGUGAGGUGAACGGUCGUCCUGUCACUGUGGUUGACACUCCUGGUCUGUUUGACACGACUCUGUCUCAUGAUCAGGUUCAUGAAGAGAUGAUAAAUAGCAUCAGUCUUCUGGCUCCAGGUCCACAUGUCUUCCUGUUGGUGCUAAGAAUUGGUAGAUUAACACAAGAGGAGAAGGAGACAUUAAAACUGAUCAAAGAAGGCUUUGGGAAGGAUGCUGAGAAGUUCACCUUCAUCCUUUUAACUGGAGGAGAUUCACUUCAAAAGCUCUCCAUUGAAGAAUACAUAAAACAAGAAUGUGAUGAUUCCUUCAAGAAACUGAUCUCUGACUGUGGAGGAAGAUACCACGUGUUUGAUAACAAUGAUGAACAAAACAGAACUCAGGUCAGUGAGCUGAUGGCAAAGAUCGACACAAUGGUGAAGACAAAUGGAGGCAGCUGCUACACCAACGAGAUGCUGCAAGAAGCGGAAACUUCCAUAAAGAAAGAAAUGGACAGACUCUUAAAGGAGAAAGAAGAGGAGAUGAAGAGAGAGAGGGAGGAACUUCAAAGAAAACACGAAGAAGAAAUGAAAGAAAUGAAGGAAAGCAUGAAAAAAAAAGAAGAAAAGAUGAAAAAAAAGAGAGAAAAGAGAGAAAAAGAACUUAAAGAAAAGGAGGAAAUCAUACAGAAGGAACAAGAGGACAGAAGGAAAGAAAAGCAAAUGAGAGAAGAAGAAGACAGGAAGAGAAAACAACAGGAAGAAGUUCAACAACAGGAGUGGGGACAGAAACUUCAAUCUUUGGAGAGAAAGAUAAAGUUAGAGUCAAAGGAAAAAGAAACCAUUAACAGACAGCUGGAGGAGAGCAGAGAAAAGAUGAGAGAAGAAAGAGAGAGUCAGAAUAAACAACAAAAAGAGUGGUGGGAAAAACGAAAUAAAGAAGAGGAACAGAGACGACAUAAGGAAGAAACAAGAGUCAGAAAACUUCAAGAAGAGUUUGAACAGGAAAGAGAGAAAAACUUCAAUCUUUGGAGAGAAAGAUAA